AUGCAGACGAGGGUUCGAGCCGGCGAGCUGUGGCCGAUGGAGAGGCCAGAGGGCAUGCCCGUCAUCCAGUCGUUAGAAGUCAUGUGCGGCAAGGAUCACAUGGACGUGCACCUUACGUUCUCCCAUCCCUUCGAGGGCAUCGUGUCAUCCAAAGGGCAGCAUGGCGAUCCUCGGUGUGUUUACGUGCCACCAGCCACCGGGCAAACGUAUUUCUCAUUUAGGAUUGCGUACGCGAAAUGUGGCACCAAGCCGGACCUUCACGGACAGUUCUACGAGAACACAGUGGUGGUGCAAUACGACAAGGAUCUGCUGGAGGUGUGGGACGAGGCGAAAAGACUGCGCUGCGAAUGGUUCAAUGACUACGAAAAGACCGCGUCGAAGCCGCCUAUGGUCAUCGCCGAUCUGGACGUAGUACAACUGGAUUUUAGGGGUGACAACGUUGAUUGCUGGAUGGAAAUACAAGCUGGGAAAGGGCCAUGGGCACCACCCGUGUCUGGGAUUGUACCCCUUGGCUCCACAUUAACUCUCGUGGUUGCCAUCAACGACUAUCGAGGCGAGUUCGACAUGCGCGUGAAGUCAUGCGCCGCCUCAGACGGAUCUGGACACGUUAUUCAACUAUCCGAUGAAUACGGAUGCGUUUUACGGCCGAAGAUGAUCUCCAGGUUUCUCAAAGCAAAGGCGGCGGAUGAACGAGCUACGGUCAUAACUUACGCUUUCUUCCACGCCUUCAAAUUCCCCGACGCGCUAAGCGUUCACAUCAGAUGUAAAGUCGAGAUUUGUAGGCAUGGAUGCCUUGAUCAUUGCCAACUUGCUGGUGUAACACCACAACGACACGGUGCCUUGGAUAGGAAAGAUGACCGCACUCACCAGGACCACAACGAGAUAAGUGACUCAUCAGCGGAGGGGUCGGAUACGAGUCUGGCAGAAGAGUAUCAACGUCUUCCUCUGGAAGAAGCAUUUGGUGAUGAAGUCUCGGGUGACGUCGUUCCGGCACCAGCUCCUUUGCCUCAGCGGGCACCAGCUCCCGUCAUGGAACCUGGAUCUGAUCAAAUCUCAUCACUUGAAGAAGCUUUUGAAUCUUUGAGCAGAACACCAUUUACCGAUCGGACGCCUGAACACGAACGUUUCCCUCACGGCCCAAGAAACCUUGCCUCCGGCAUCAAAAACGACCAUGACGGAGGGGCAAUGGCUUCCAGCAAAGGCCGUAGUCCGGCCGUCGCCGGUCCCAGAUCUUUGAGAAAACGCCGCACGGUGCGCGACGCAAGGUCUGCGGACGUUGGCGUUUCCGGCAUUUACGAGGUGGUCUCCGAAGCCGAUUUGGCGUUCGGACCUUCUAGAGAGCCCGUCACAGUAUUCAGCGGGAGAAUUCGAGAAGAGGUCGUGUACGGCGUGUGCAUGGGUGCUGUGAGCUUCGGAGCGCUUUUUGCGUCAGCUGCUGGUGCGGCGGCUGGAGCGGCCCUCGCCGCCGCAGUAAUGCUUCAUCGGCUCCGCUCAAGAAUGUCCUCCGAGCCCCCCGUGCCGGUAUCACCGGCCACCGCCUCUCAUUCCCUCGCGGCGUGGAUGGCGCUAAGGCUACUGGGCUCUCCACCCCAUCCACACCACUCCCACGAAGGC